AUGGCCAAUUCCAGUGAACACCGAAUUAGGGUUAAAGCGUUUUUGUCACUCCCUCCAUCCGAAGCUUUACCUUCAAAUCCGUCCUCUCAUAACCUUCCGGAGCCUUCGAGAACCGGAGUUUUCCUUUUUUCCGGUGAAGACGUCGGUGGUUGGCUGGAACGAAUUGAGCAUUUCUUCUUGAAUCAUCGCAUUCCAUCCAGUAAGAACUUAGUCACGGCUUCUUUUUACAUGGCCGGACAGCCACUCCAAUUUCUGUACGGUAUGGAAUAUGCUUCACUAUUAGAUAAUUGGGAGGAUUUUGCCUUUCAGCUAGAACUUCGGUUUGGUAAAGUUCUCCGGCCUACAAUAGUGGUUAAUGUUUGGGAAGCCAGCGGGUUAGAGUCAGAACAAGGAGGAACGUCAAUCAUAGCAGUUGAAGAAAUUGAUGAAGUUGUAGCGGUGGAAUCUGAGACGCAAGCAUUCGAGGAGGAAAAUGAUGAUGUUUAUUUGCCUACUGACAGCUCCUCUGAUAGCGUUGAUGGAAAUGGUAAUUCCUCAACUCUAAGUGUAGAACUCACCGAAUCUAUAGACUCUAUUGAUAAUUUUCUGGAAUUGAAGGGUGAUUCUGUGAUGGUAAAGGCUGAUGAUGAUGAUUCUGCUUGUGAUAAACGUAAGGAGGAUAAUAUAGUUUCCCUUGAGAUUAAUCAUGUUUCUAGUGAAGGAAUUUGUACUGGGAAAACAUGUUGGGCAGAAACUAUGAAAUAUUGGCAUUUCCUCAUUGGUUUGGUUUUUGGUUUAACUUGGAAGUUUACAAUUCUAAAAGAGUUUACUGAUGAUGAGUGUGUAGCUGAUGAUUGGUUGUUAAAUGGCAUGUUUAACUCCUUUGAAAGUAAGUCUGGAUUGCUAUGUUGUGUUUCUGAGGGAAAUCACCGAAGUACUUUUGCUAUUGAACCCGGUGAUCUGAAGGAACCUAAUUUCAGUCAUGAUUACAAUGCCUCUAGCUCUGAAGCUACUGUAUUAGUAGAGGUUCAUAGAUGUUUGAAUUGGGUUGAAUCUACUACUUUUCAUGGUGAUCGUGGUGGAAUAGAAUGUUAUAUUGAUGUUGUUGUUUCGCCUGACUAUCCUGGUGAUACUUGUAUGAAUUCUGAUGUUCAGUAUGCUUCUAUUUCGUUAAGUGGUGAUUGUAAAAUUCUGUAUGUGGCAAAAAAUGUUGCUGGUUCGAGUCGUACUAUUGGUACGCAUACAUGUUCGAAUGAGGAAAAUGAUAAUACGAUAGUUACCUUGGAUAGCUUUGUUGGCACUGUCUUAAUUGAGUCAAACUGUGACUGUUUAGUGAUUGGGUUGGAUGGUUUUGCUGUUGUCGCUGUUAUUUUCCACCCUCUAGGCUUGAGGUCAAGCCUUAAUUUAGCAGGGAAGAAUGUACGAGUUGCACAUAAAAGAAACACUUAUAGUACUAUAAUUGGAGAAAUUGUCAAACUUGAGGUCCAAUGUUCAAAUGUUCUAAAUCAUGUAGAGCUGAUCAAUUGGAUGGCGGGUUAUUUUUGGAAGUUUAUGAGAUCGGCAGAUGAAAGUAGCAUGUGUUUUAUAAUUAAUUUGAGUGAUCCCCAUUCGGUGUCUGCAUUGUUGAAUCGUGGAGGUGGCCAAAUUCUUAAUCUGUUUGAUGAAUUAGAAGUGUCAGUUGCUGGUUGGAAUCCGAAGAAUGUUGUUUGUAAGUAUGUGAUUUGGCACAAGAUGUUUUCUGAAAAUUUGAAAGGCAUGGUAAUUUCUUGGAAAUCCUUAUUGUUUGGGCUGAGGGUGCAAACCGAUGUUGGUGUACUCUUGCAACAUCAUGAGGUAUUCCCUGACUGCAUAGAAGUAACUACCAUUAAGAAUCUCAAGCCAGAGUCUAAAAGGGAAGCUGAUUGUCCUGUGUUUGCACUGAAAGUCUCAGCAGGGAUGAAGACACAAUUGGGCAAAGGCUGUCGGAGCAGUGUCAAAGCAGAAUCCUGAUGAACCUUGGAAUAUUGAAGACUUACACUUUCGCUGGAUCGAGAAGGCGACAACUUUUAGGGCGGCACAAAUCUUUUUGAAGGAAGAAUUGCAACAAUGGCAGUAAGCAUCGAUACGAACUUCAUUUGGUUGAUCGCUUGGCACGUAUUAGAAGUUGUCUCCUUGAAGAUGGCAAUCAAUCCUUCAUUUUUAUAUUCCCGUAGUGCUAAUUCUCUCAUCUAUAGUCAUUCGCAUUUGGUGUUAGUAUACAGUAAGCUGUCAUAGUUAUUUAAGUUGUAUUCUGUAGUUUGUUUCUGAAACACAGUCUUGGGGACAAGACUGUUUUUAAGGGGAAGAGUCUGUCAUCCCCUGUACUAAGUUAUAGGACUAAAUUAUAAGAAAAAGAAACUC